UGGAGAGGGUUGAGCUAAAACGGAGGUCCAUAAUUUGAGUCAUCUGUUUCCACUGCUGAGUUCGCAGCUCUGGUCUGCUGCUCGCUGGUUGUCUUCGGGUGGAUGUAGGGAGCCCUAGGAGACUUUAUAUUAGUGAAAAGUACAUAAUAUGAGUUUAGAAGAAUAGAUAGUGUUCUACCGCAACCCAUUGACGAAUUGGAGUUUACUUUUCGCACUUUCAGUGCACUUGCAAGCUGUUUGAAGUUGAAGCCUUUCCCUGGAGAAGCCCCUAUUCACUCUACUCUACAUCUGUAUGUGUGAGAGAGAGAGAUAGUGUUUCUGUGUAUUUGUCCUGUUUGAGUGUGAUUGUCAGCCUAUGAUUGUUUGAGCGUGUGCGAGUGGGUCUCUUAUGUGUGUGUGAUUGUUUGAUUGUGUGUGUGUGUGUGUUUAUGUCUAUCCAUACCACCUCGUAACUUCCACAUGAAGAACAUGUUGCCACCUGUGAGGAGAGACCGCAUCAUUGCUCAGCUUCCAGAGUGUUUUACCACAGAUGCGGCACUACACACUAAAGAUGGCUUCCACUCGCAGGUCAAGGCUGCCUGUCAGGGGCAGAAGACGGGCACAGUGGGCUUUAACAUCGCCAAGGUGAUUGUGGUAGGGGAUGUGGCAGUUGGGAAGACAUGUCUGAUCAGCAGGUUCUGUAAGGACUCGUUUGAUAAGAACUAUAAGGCCACCAUCGGAGUGGAUUUUGAGAUGGAGCGGUUUGAGGUGUUGGGUGUGCCCUUCAGUUUACAGCUAUGGGACACAGCGGGUCAGGAGAGGUUCAAGUGCAUCGCCUCCACAUAUUACAGAGGAGCACAAGCCAUCAUAGUGGUAUUUGACCUGAGCUGUGUGACCUCUCUGGACAACGCCAGGCAGUGGCUGGAGGAUGCUAUGAAGGAGAACGAUCCCUCCAGUGUUCUGCUGUUCCUGGUCGGAACCAAGAAGGACCUCAGCUCUCCUGAUCAGUUGGCCUACAUGGAGCAGGAGGCCAUUAGACUGUCAGAGGAGAUCAGAGCAGAGUACUGGGCUGUGUCUGCUAAAUCAGGGGAGAGUAUCAGGGAGUUUUUCUUCCGGGUAGCGUCUCUAACCUUUGAGGCCAACGUGCUGGCAGAGCUCGAGAAGAGUGGGUCCAGACGUGUUGGCGACAUUAUCAGAAUCACAGAGAGCUCAGAAGAGGAGUACAAACCAACCAAGAGGAAACCAACCUGCUGCUGAUGGGGGAGGAUACAUUACACAACACAACACAACACAGGACAACACAGCACAACACAACACAGGACAACACAG